GUCCAACUGGGGGUCUGCCGAGACCGGAUCAGAGGAGCCGCCGCUGGACGGGAAUCUAAGAUGAAGUUAUGGGAUAUUGUGGCUCUCUGCCUGGUACUGCUCCACACUGUGUCCGCCUUCCCUCUGCCUGCUGGUAAGAAGCAUCCCGGAGGGCCAGAAGAAGAGUACUCCCCCAACCGACUGGCUCCCUAUGCUGUGAGAAGUGACUCAAAUAUGCCGGAGUAUUAUCCUGACCAGUUGGAUGAUGUUGUGGAUUUUAUUCACAACACAAUAAAAAGACUAAAAAGAUCACCACCGGACAAACAAGCAGAAUUGUUUCCUCGGCGGGAGAGGAACAGACAAGCUGGAGCAACCAACGCAGACAGGAAGAGGCAGAGGGGACAGAGGGGCAGAAACCGGGGCUGUGUCUUGACCGCUAUACAUUUAAAUGUGACAGACUUGGGUUUGGGUUAUGAAACCAAAGAAGAACUGAUUUUUCGAUACUGCAGCGGAUCUUGUGAUGCAGCCGAGACCACAUAUGACAAAAUAUUAAAAAACUUAACCAAAAAGAAAAGGCUGGUGAGUGACAAAGUUGGGCAGGCCUGUUGCCGGCCCACCGCUUUUGAUGAUGACCUGUCAUUUUUAGAUGAUAAUUUGAUUUACCAUAUACUGAGAAAACAUUCCGCUAAAAGGUGUGGAUGUAUCUGACUCUGUUUCCGGGAGACGGCUAUGUAUUGCAUUCCUGCUACAGUGCAAAGAAAGGGACCAAGGUUCCCAGGAAAUGUUUGCCCAGAAUGGAGAAUGAGGACCAAGGAUGAAGAUGAAGGAGGAGAAACAGGCAGAAGUCAGCCAUCAUGGGAGCCUGGUGGAGGGAGAUCCAGCUAA